AUGGUUUCUGCCGGUUCUAUAACCGUCGCAGUCCGAGUGCGACCGCCUUCUUCAUGGGAGGCCGCUCGCAUGCCCGAACCAUGCUACGACUCUACCAUUCGGGGAGAUGCAACCUUGUCCGCGCCAGGAAGGCCGGUAUCAUCCAUGUCUUCAGUUCGCGACAUCGUUCAAGUCGUGGAUGACCGCAUACUCACUUUCGACCCCGCCGAACCAGACCAAGCAAAAGCGUUCGUCGAGCGUGGCUUUACACCGCCUGGAACGAAGCGAUACAAAGACAAGCGAUUUAUGUUCGAUCGUGUCUUUAGACAGGACGCGACUCAGCAGGAUGUGUAUGAUGCUACCGCCCGCCCUCUCUUGAAAAACUUGCUCGAUGGAUACAAUGCAACUGCAUUUGCUUAUGGGGCUACGGGCUGCGGCAAAACCCACACGAUUAGCGGCACAGAGGCGGACCCAGGCAUCAUCUAUUUGACCAUGGCUGACCUGUUCCAACGCAUCGAAGACCGCAAAGAUGAUUAUAGCGCACAGGUUAUUGUCACCUUCCUCGAAAUUUACAACGAGGAAAUCCGUGACCUCCUUUCCGAGCCGGGCACGCCGACACCUCGUGGGGGCCUACAGAUCCGAGAGGACAAAUCCGUCAAGGUUGUCGGGCUCACUGAACUCCAACCAAGAUCAGCGGAUGAGGUCAAGGAGAUCGUCUUGCUUGGAAACUCCCGGAGAACACAGUCCCCUACACACGCAAAUGAGACAUCCUCACGCUCGCACGCAGUCCUCCAGGUGCAUGUCACGCAGGCGCCACGGACAGCGUCUUUGACAGAAGAACGGUCCAUGGGCACACUUUCCAUUAUCGAUUUAGCCGGCAGCGAACGUGCAGCAGCCACGAGCAAUAUGGGCCAACGAAUGGUCGAAGGUGCCAAUAUCAACAAAUCGCUGCUCGCCUUGGGAAACUGUAUCAACGCCCUGUGCGAAAGCGGUGGCGUCGUUCGCCAUAUUCCUUACAGGAACAGCAAGCUGACGCGGCUGCUUAAAUUCUCACUGGGUGGAAAUUGCAAAACAGUGAUGAUUGUCUGCGUCGCCCCAACAUCUAUCCACUUUGACGACACACACAACACGCUAAUCUAUGCGGAACGCGCGACGAAGAUCAAAACACGCGUCGUCACCCGAAAUGUUGUCAACGUUGAUCGCCAUGUUGGACAGUAUGUCGAGGCCAUCAACCGGCUCAACAUCGAAGUCUCAGAGCUCAAGGCGAAGCUGGCUGGGAAACUUAACUCGGAGGCCGAUGUUGCACGGCGGAAGAGGAUAGAGGCUCAGGCCGAGAUUGAACGAGCGAAGAAUGACAUGCAAGUGCGCGCUGAGCAGACUCAGGCUUCGAUCCUUGACGGCGCGACCUGUGCAGGGAAAAUCUCUGCUGCCCAAAUCACGCUUCGCACAAUACGCACACGCCUGGACGAUCUCGACAGGCAAGCUUCUUUGCCCGGUGGCCUUUCUCCCGAUCUCCAAGCCGAAAUGGGUCUUCUAAAGGCGCUGGCGGCUCCCGAGGAGCAAGCCACGAGGAUCGAUAGUGCGCUGAACGUCCGCCUGCAGCGCUCAACCAAUUCCGGCAGUAUGUUCGACGCCAUGCUGCGUGCCGUGAAAGAACGACGGUCAGACAGGCUUGAUGCCACGGGUGUCGAUAAUGUCAAGCUCGACGCCGAGUGUCGCAAGGCAGAGAUGGAGCGAGUCAAGGCGGAGGCAGAGAGGGAUGCAGUGAAGGACGCUAUGAAAACACAAGGAGAGAUGCUCGUGCAUCUGCUUGGCAUGGUCGGACGAUACACUGUCGUUAUUGGCGAUGCUAGUCGGUCAUUAAGAACCGCACUGGAAGUAGGCAGAGAUGGCUUGGACGGCACAAUCCGUGCUGUGGCGGCAUCGUUGAAGAACCUCUCAGACAGCAACGACAUGGACUUCCAGUCUCUUGUGGGGCAUGCGAUUGCGAGCUAUGCUGUCAACCCUGGCGAUAUGUCUAUGCUGGAAAGUUUCAAGGGUCACAAGUUGAUAGGCAGGGCUUCUUCCGGCCCCGUCUUGCCACAGCAGCCAGCUGUGCCCAUUUCUAGACGUGCAUCAUCUUAUGGGGCUCUCGGUAUGGGAUCGCCUACACGCAAAGGCCACAUCAGAUCUCCGCGUAAAUCGCUGAGAAACAGCCUAUCGGGGGCAAACUUCCCCUACCGUCGACCAGCAGAUAAAGGAAAGGAGAAAAAGAAGGGCGUGCAAUGGAAGGAUGAAGCUGGACAGGGUGAGCUGGAUGACGGAGGAGAAGCGAAGCCAGCGUCGGCGGCCAUCCCAAGCAGCUCAAAGUUUCCGGUUCCGGUCAAGCCAAGCCCAGACGACAGUGGCCUUUUCUCAGCUGCGCAGCGGAAUCCAGGAUCGGAAAGCGAGUGGGAGGAUGAGAAAACAGAGGACAGCGUGAACUUCAGCUUCACCCUGCCCCCACGCGACCUCCCGCCUUCUUGUGCAGGCUCGUCAAGGAUCCGGCGGUCGAGCAGACUCGAACCUAGCUUCCUGACAUCUCGUGGUGCGUCGAAAUUGGGGAGCCUAGCAGAGGGUGAUGAGAACGGAGAGGUCUCCUCGGCGGCCUCCCGACACACCGUGCCACUCUCAGAUCGCAGCCUCAACUCUUUGCUAUCAAAUCAAUCAAUGGAUAGCGCGGAGACCAUUGGUACGGGGGGCAAGCUCCACGUGCCGAAGGGCGCGUACGAGCGAAAUACGAUGGCGAGUCCGCGCCGUGGGCCACCAACGCCACGUGCGGUGGGAUCAACGCUGAAAUCCUCGCGACGACGGUCAAACAUUGGGCCCAUGCGAAGCGAGAAAGGGCGUCGACGCUCAAGUCUGAUCCCACAGCUGUCGCCGAAGUCGCGAGAAGGUACCUCUGCU